AUGGCGGUGUCAUUUUGGUUCUUGGGCGUGUGCGUGCUGAUUUUGGCACAUGUCACCCCCUCCAGCCAAGCCAUGUCCCGAGCCGCCAUGCCAUUCGGACUGUUGCGCAGGGAACUGGCGUGCGAGGGUUACCCCAUCGAACUGCGCUGCCCAGGAAGUGAUGUGGUGAUGGUGGAGACCGCCAACUACGGACGCACCGACGACAAGAUUUGCGACGCAGAGCCCUUCCAAAUGGAAAACACACAGUGUUACCUCCCCGAUGCACUGAAGAUAAUGGCUCAGAGGUGCAACAACAGGACGCAGUGCGUGGUGGUGGCAGGGGUGGACGUUUUCCCAGACCCUUGUCCUGGAACAUACAAGUACCUGGAAAUCCAGUAUGAGUGUGUCCCUUACAAAGUGGACCAAAAAGUUUUCGUCUGUCCCGGAUCACUGCUCAGCAUCCAGCCACCUUCCUCUCAGCUGGAGGCAGAACAUCAGUCAGGGGCGUGGUGUAAGGACCCUCUGCAGGCUGGUGACAGACUGUACGUCAUGCCAUGGACGCCGUACAGGACAGAAGUGCUCUACGAAUAUGCUUCCUGGGACGACUACCGUCAGAACCGUGUCACUACCACCUAUAAACUGCCAAGUCGUGUAGACGGUACAGGUUUUGUGGUAUACGACGGCGCCGCCUUUUACAACAAGGAACGAACGCGCAACCUAGUCAAAUACGACCUGCGGACACGCAUUAAAAGCGGGGAGGCGGUGGUGGUCAAUGCCAACUACCAUGACACGUCGCCCUACCGCUGGGGUGGGAAGUCAGACAUCGACCUGGCAGUGGAUGAGAAUGGCCUCUGGGUGAUCUACUCCACUGAAGCCAAUAAUGGACGAAUUGUGGUCAGCCAGGUGAACCCGUACACGUUGCGUUUCGAGGGCACGUGGGCCACGGGCUUUGACAAACGUGGGGCGAGCAACGCCUUCAUGGCCUGUGGCGUGCUCUACGCGGUGCGGUCAGUCUUCCAGGAUGAUGAGGGGCAGGCGGACGGCCGUGUGGGCAGUGAUAUGGUGGUGUAUGCCUAUGACACCAGCCGGGGGCAAGAGCUGCCCAUUCAAAUACCGUUCCCCAAUCCCUACCAGUACAUCUCUUCCAUUGACUACAACCCGAGAGACAACCAGUUAUAUGUUUGGAAUAACUAUUACGUUCUAAGAUACCCGCUUCAGUUCACGCCGCCACCGCCAACUAAAGGUCCCCUUUCAUCUCUGAUGACGACCGUCCGUUCUUACACAGCCACAGUGGCACUGAGCCCCGUGCGGCCGUCAGCCUCCCACCCAGUGGGCGUCAUCAACCGAGGACCCUUUGAUCAAAGGCCAAUAACAGCCAUGGUCCCGCUAACGCCGCGCCCCCCGUUGCGUGUUCCCUUGGUCCCGGGGGGACCCGGACAAGUGGGGGGAUGUGAAGGAAGGGUGGCCCGUGGAGUACAGUGGCCCCCCACUCUGAAAGGGGAGACAGUGGAGAGGCCAUGCCCCAAGGGCUCACUGGGUAUUGCAUCCUACGAGUGUAUAACAUCACCAGUGAGUUGGAGUUCUAGAGGUCCUGACCUCUCAAAUUGUACUUCACCCUGGGUUAGCCAGAUUGCACAGAAGAUUAAAAGUGGAGAGAAUGCGGCAAACAUAGCUGGGGAGCUGGUCAACCUGACCCGGGGGCGCAUCUAUGCUGGUGACGUCAGCAUGUCUGUAAAAUUAAUUGAACAGCUACUGGACAUUUUGGACUCGCAGCUUCAAGCCUUGAGACCAGCCAAUAAAGAAUCUGCGGCACGCAAUUACAACAAGCUGCAGAAAAGGGAACGCACAUGCAGGGCUUAUGUGCAGGCCGUGGUUCAGACAGUAGAUAACUUGUUGGGUCCUGAGGCUCUGGUGUCCUGGGCUGACAUGAGCGGCCCGGAUCAGUCCCGCUCUGCAUCGCUCCUUUUAGAUGCGGUAGAGAAAGGAGCAUUCUUAUUAGCUAAUAACCUCUAUGAAGGUCGAUUCAGUGACAGAGCACCAAACGUUGAUCUGGAGGUGUAUGUGCUAAAUGCAGAGGCGGACAUACAGGACUUGGCGUUCCCGCACUCCUACGAUAGCGACAGCAUCCUGCAGAUCUCGGCUGUGGCACUGCAGCAGUACAGCAAUAACGGCCAAGUGAAGUUGGUCCUCUCUCUGUAUAAGAACUUGGGCUCCUUCCUGACCACCCAAAACUCCACCUUGCGUCUCGGACUUGGACUUGGACAUGGUUCAGAGGUCAGGCGUAGGAGCCUGGUGGUCAACUCCCACGUCAUCUCCGCUUCUGUGCACAGAGGCUCCAAUAGAGUGUUCCUUUCUGAGCCCGUGGUCUUCACUCUCAGGCACCUGCAGCUGGACAACCACUUUGGUCCCAACUGCUCUUUCUGGAAUGCCUCAGGGGUGUCUGGAACCGGGAGGUGGUCCACACAGGGAUGUCGCCUGUUACACACCAACAAUACACACACAACGUGUGCGUGUAACCACCUAUCCAGCUAUGCUGUGCUCAUGACAUACCAGCAACCUGUUUCUGGUGUGGGAGUAGAGGAACUUCUUGUCUACGUUGUCUCCUGGGUGGGCAUCUCUGUUGCUCUGGUGUGUUUCGCCACCUGUCUUACUACCCUAUGCUGCCAGGCAGCUCCCUGGCACACUGACCACGGCACCAUCCACUGCAACUUGUGGGCCAACCUGCUCAUAACUGAACUGCUCUUCCUUGUCGGAUCCAAUAAGACACAAUAUACCGUUGUGUGCUCCAUCAUUGCCGGCCUGCUGCACUUCUCAUUGCUCUCAGUGUUCUGCUGGUUAUGUCUGGAAGCAGUGGAACUGUACAUUUUGCAGCGUGAGGUAUUUGAGGGUCGUAACUCCAGGCGGAAGUAUUUGUACCUAAGUGGCUACUCUGUGCCCGGGUUGGUGGUAGCUGUGUCUGCGGCCGUUGACUUCAGAGGCUACGGCUCAAAAGCUUCCUGCUGGCUGCGAACCGACAAUUACUUCAUUUGGAGUUUCCUUGGACCGGUGGCUGUUAUAAUCACUCUUAACCUUGUAAUCUUAGUGAUGACCUUACAUAAGAUGCAUAGCACUGCUGCCUUGAAACCAGACUCCAGUCGCCAUGACAACCUGAGGGCAUGGGCGGUGGGCUCGUUGACGCUGCUCUUCCUGCAGUGUGUCAACUGGUCCUCAGGCCUGAUGUUCCUGUCUGCGCCUUCUCUCCUCCUGGCUUAUCUCUUCGCCUCACUUAACACUGCGCAGGGCCUCCUCAUAACCAUCCUCCACUGCACGCUCGCCAGGAAGGGUCAGAAAGACUACGGGAGAUGUCUCCGUCUUUCCAAGUGCUGUGCAACCUCUUCGUCCAGUUCUCCGGACUCGGUGAAGGCUGCCGCACUGCGUUCUAACAGCCGCUACACCAGCAGCCAGGGUCGGAGAGCCACAGCCAACAGACAGAGUCGUAUUCGGAGGAUGUGGAACGACACGGUGCGACGGCAGACUGAGUCGUCUUUCAUCGCAGCUGAUGUUAACAGCACCCCAACUCUUAACAGAGCUGGAUUGGGGAAUCAUUUCCUGACCAAUCAAGUCCUGCAGACUCAUACAGGAGCCUCUCCUUAUGACACCAUGUUGGCCCAGGGAUACAAUCAGCCCUUCACCUCCACAGUUGGAACCUUCCGAAACAAGAAAGUUGCUGUGUCACAAAGUCAGGAGUCCUGUGGGCUGGACAGCGUGUGUCUCAACGGAGGCUACACCCCCAAUACCUUUACCCUACACGGACUCGGGGCUAUGCCUGGAUCCCGAGCUGGAGUGGUGGGCAGCACUGAUCUUCUGAAGGAGGGAGGCGUCGUGAUGGGAGGUGAUGAUAUCUCCCCUGCCCUGCUGACCCCCCAUGGUGCCGCAGAUCUGGGCACCAGCGUCGGAAUGCGUCGUAACCUAUCUGACGCAGCAGCGCUGGAGAAGAUGAUCAUCUCUGAGCUGGUGCAGAGCAACCUGAGGCCUUCGGGUGACAUUCCCGUCCCUCCAGAGCGCUACGGAAGCCUGGCAAGGCCUCAUCAUCUGGACAGAGCAGCCAUCGCUCACACCGCUACGCUGACUCGCCAUGCACAGCAAUCCCAGGAGGGCUGGGCGGCCACCGUGCAGCCUACCAAUCGACCCAAUGCACAAGAGGGUUGGCCGCAUUUGAGGCACCACUUACAAGGUGGGGAGACACAUUCCACAUCACAGGAACAAGAUCAUGGUACGGCUCCACGCCCACAAGAUGGCUGGUCGCACGCAUGCACUCCUGCAGAUGCUGAAUUGAUGGGGGAGAGACUGCAGCUUCAAGGCACUCUAGGUCGUCGAGGGCUCCAGGAGAGACAACAAGCGCGUCCCCCCGAUGUUCAAGCUCGGCCAUACUCCACCCUCAGCCGCACCCCAGGCACCCUUUCCCGCCACCGCAACACAGCUGAGACGGGUGGGGGAACGGAAAAAGACAGGGAGCGAGACCGAGAUCGUUACCGUGACAGACCCUUGCCGCCUCCACCUCCCCCACCCCCACAGGAGUCGGAGCCCUUGUACAAAGCUCUGGAGGAGCCACUUCUGAUGAAAGCAAGGGAAGCCACUGUAGAUGCCUGGCGAGGAGGUCAGGAUAGGGAGAAGGAUGAGAAAUUUGUCCUGAAAAGAGAUGGACUUAUGGAUGAGUGGAGGGGAGGGAAGAGAGUAAGGGAGGAAUCUUUUAGCUCUCAAAAGAGAAAUGAAGAUAUGGCUGAGUGGAGAGGUGGAAUGGAGAGAGGAAGGGAGGAAUCUCAUCUCUUGGAGAAAAGAGAUGGAAGGAUGGAUGCAUGGAGAGGAGGAGUGGAGACAGACCGAGAAGAAACUUUCAUUACUCAGAGAAAAGAUUUUGGAAUUGAGGGCUGGAGAGCUGGGAUGGAGAGAGAGAAUGACAGAGAUGGUUGGAGAGCAGGAAUUGAAAGAGAAAAUGACAAACAGAAAGACAGAGCACUAGAUGUGUGGUGUGGUGGCGUCGAUGUAGACAGAGAGGAGUCUUUCUUAUUUGAGGGCAAUGACGUGGGUCUUGAUGGAAGGAAAAGAGGAAAAGAUAGAGGCUCUCUGAGGUACCAUGGCAGCCGAGAGGAUUCCGAUGGCUUUACUCUGCCUUUGACCCCUGAUCUUGACCUUGACCCUGACACCUCACCUCUAUAUGGCCAGGAUUCAAACCCGUCGCCACUCUACCCCGGGGACCAUCGAUCACCACCCCUUGGUCUGUUCCCAAGGAGCUCGCCCCCAACUAACAUCUUUGCUCCCCGGGACAGUAAUUCUCCUCCCAACAAUCUCUACUCGCGCCACUCUCCCCAAGUCUACAGCCGCAGUAGUUCCCCUCCCCGCUUUUACAGCCGCACCUCCCCUCCAACACUGUCCUAUCCUGACAGUAGCCCCGAAGUUCCAGAACAGCUGAGCCCGAGCAGCCCACCCCAGCAGCCCACCCUGGAGCUGCCCUACAGCCUCGGGAGGCCCCCUCUUGGCCCACGGCCGAAUCACUUGCAGACCUUUUAUCAGCCACCACCGACGACGACUAACGGAGAGGCUCUAUACACGUCUGAGCCCUCUUCGGAAGGAGACGAUGGCCAGAUGCAGCGGGUGACGAGCCUGUGACUAGGGCGGUGGUGAUCGGGGCAUAGAAACCAGGGAGGUGGACAAAAGCACAACCAACAGUGUUCAACCAAUAUAACGAAGAUGAUGAUGUAAUUCAAUUGUCUGAUGAAGGGAACGAUGAUGUCAGAGACCAGGAAGGCACCUCCCUGCUUCUAUCUCCCAAUCACCACGAGACUCCCCCUUGCCCCUUCUCAUUUUUUGUUACUUUUCUAGAAGUGUGACUCAUCCGUCAUAACUCUUCCUGUGCUCUCCUUCUCCGAACCCUUUCCGUGUCUUCCCACUAUACAGGUACUUUAUUUCUUACUGGCCCAUUGUCUGACUUUCUUUUGGUCCAGACUGGGUGUGGCCCCUCCUCGUAGCAAGAGAACAAUGUCGUGAUGGCUCAAAAGCACUUGUGUUACCAAAAAAACAAAUCCUUUCAAAGAACACAUGCAUGACUUUCUAGUAGCUUUUACGAGGCCAUACGUACUGUAAGAGGGGCGAGCUCAAGCGGAAGUGAAAGAAUGUGUGUGUAACUUGAUGACCAUGCAUGUGUAAGGUGUGUAUGCGUGUGUGUGUGUAUGUGUGUGAGAGAGAGAGAAAGAGAGAGAGAGAGAGAGAGAGCAAGAGUG